AUGAAACAUUCCAUUCAGGAGCAACAUCAUCCCACUCCUUGGACACUCCAUCUUCUUCGUCUUCCGACCUCUUUCCCUUUCAUCUUGAACCCAAAAAUGUCCGAGCCCGUCAUUCUUGGCAUCAACUUUGGCCAGUCGUACGCGUCCAUCGCGGUCAUUGACAAGGAUGGACAAGCAGAGUGCAUCGCCAACGAGGACGGCGAGCGCCAGAUCGCUUGUGCCGUCUCGUACGUCGAGGACCAGGUGUACAUUGGCAAUGGUGCCAAGCAGCACCUCGUCAAGAACGGCCACAACACGAUCAUGGGCUUCCGCAACCUCCUCGGCCACACCUACGACGAGGUCGACCACACUGCCAUCCUCGCCGCGCCUCUCAUCCCCGAGUCCAAGACUCCCGCUUACACUGUCGACAUUAUGAUUCCUCCCCCUCCCCCUGCCUCGACCCCGGCUUCGCGCUUCGCCUCGGCUGCUCCCUCGGGCACCGCUACCCCCGUGCCCCAGGAGCCCACGCCCGCCAAGAAGACCAUCACCGUUCCGGAGAUCACCACCCUCUUCCUCGACUCGCUGUUUGCCUCAGCCACUGACUUCCUCGGCUCCAAGCCCACCCACUGCGUCGUCUCGGCUCCUACUUGGUUCACUCCCGACCAGACCAAGGCCCUCGAGGAGGCUGCAAAGGAGGCUGGCAUCAACGUCAUCGAGGUCCUCGACGAGGCUGCGGCCGUGCUUGUCGGCUACCACGCUGGCAUGCCCGAGGAGCGCAAGGAGAAUGGCCUCCUUGGCGAGCCCGAGGAGGGCAACGCUGGAGAGGAGGAGGCGCGCGACAAGAAGGUUGUCGUGCUCGACAUGGGCGAGACCUCGCUUUCGAUCUCGGUGGUUGCCGUCACCGACGGCGAGUACACUGUCCUCGGCAAGGGCCGUGACGACAAGCUCGGCGGGCGCGAGUUUGACAACCACCUCAUCAAGCACUUUGCCAAGGAGUUUACCAAGAAGACCAAGAUUGCCCUCGACUUGCCCUGCUCCGAGGCUUCGUCGGCGCAGGACAAGCGUGCCGAAGCCAAGCUCCGCCUUGCCAUUGAGCACACCAAGCGCUCGCUCUCGGCCUCGGCUGGUGCUGCCACCUGCGCCGUCGAGUCGCUCAAGGACGGCUACGACCUCUCGACUAUGAUCAACCGCAUCCGCUUCGACGGCCUCGUCUUGUCGGUCUACUCCAAGGUCGGCGACAAGCUCAAGUCGGUCCUUGCCGAAGCCGGCCUCGAGCUCUCUCAGAUCGACGAGAUUCUCCUUGCUGGUGCCUCGACUCUCUUCCCCGGUCUCCAGCAGCACCUCACCUACCUUGUUCCCCCUACCGUGCCUGUCACUUCGGCCUGCGACCCCUCCGAGGUCAUUGCCAUCGGCUGUGCCAUCCAGGCCCAGCACCUCACCCACAUGGACUCGCGCGUGAACAUUGCCGACGUUCUCGCUCUCGCCGCCAACCCUCUCCCUACUAGCGCCGCCCCCAUCGGCAUCGCUCUCCCCGGUGCGGAGGGCGACGAGCUGGCCGCCAAGAUCAUGGAGGUCGGCGCCCCGCUCCCCGCCCGGAGGCGAGUGGCGAUCCCCGUCGCUUCCGCUGGUCGCGUCGCCGUCGAGGUCUGGGAGGGUAAGGACGAGGUCAAGGUCGAGAAGAUGGACCCUCCCCCCAAGGACGAGGACGACGAGGACGAGUUCAGCGACGACGAGCCCGAGGAGGUCAGGACAGGUGUCCUCCGCAAGAAGAUGUGCUUGGGCGCUGUCGAGGUUGAGGUCGCCGAGGGCAAGCAGCUCAUCCUCGAGGUGAUUGUCCAGAAGAACGGCUCGGUCCAGGUCGCCGCCUGGGAGGAGGGCAACGAGUCGGCGGCCGACCGCUUCGAGGUCGGCAUCUAA